AACCUGACGAUCAAAUGAAGAUUGAAGGAGUAUUAUUCACACUCGCACUUAGCGGUGCCAGCGUUAAUGCUAAUUGGUUUGGCAGCAAGCCUAGCAGUAUUGAAGAAUGGAAUACUGAUCAAUUGCAGAAUUGGCUAAAGGAGAACAAAAUAAAGUUCUCAGAUAAAUCAAAUAAAGACAGUUUACUCAAAACUGUGAAAAAGAACUGGGAUACGGUUGCACACCGUCAACAAGUUAUAUUGAAUGACAUCAAGGAUGAGACAAUCGACAAAUGGGAUGAGUCUAAAAUACGCGAAUACCUCCUCGAAAAUGGAGUCGUCGCUCCAAAGUCUAGCGUGGAAGAAUUACGUAUCUUAGUUAAGCAGUUAGCUGGUGAUGUCCGCUCAUCAGCUUUGUCAGCCGCUGCUGAAGCAACAGCCCACGCAAGCUCAACCUAUGACGCAAGCAAGGAUAACGCCAAAGAUCGACUCACUUACAUUCACGACUAUGUUUUACGCGAGUUGAACGAUUCCAAGGAUUUCAUUUACUCAAGCUGGAACGAUAACGAAUUGCGUUCAUUCCUCGAAAAGAAGGGUAUCAUUCGCACGAAAUCUCAAAUCAAACGUGAUGAGCUGCUCAAGGGUAUGCGCCAAUACUACGCUGCUCUUGCCGAUCCCGUCUAUGAUGCCUGGUCUGAUAAUUACAUCAGACAUUGGUUGGAGAGUAAUGGAGUUAUUAAAACGAAGUCUGCUAAGACACGCGAUGACUUACUCAACUUGAUGAAAGAUAACUACUACGAUGCCAAGAGCCAUGUAUACAACACAUGGUCAGACAAUCAGCUCCGCACUUGGUUGGUUGAUCACGGUUACUUGAAAUCAAGAGAUGAGAAAACCCGUGAAGAAAUGUUAUACUUGAUUGGAAAGUACUACACAUCCUCCCGUGAUGUUGUGAUCUCUUCAUGGCGCACGAGUGAUCUCCGAGAUUGGGCUAUCUCUCAUGGUCUUAUCAAGUCAGAUGUACAAGUAAAGCGUGAAGAACUCGAGAAACUGGCACACGCGAAGUAUGAUAAGCUAACAUCAACCGCUGCACCAUAUGUUUCCUGGACAGAUGCAAGAUUACGCGGUUGGUUGAGAGCAUACGAACCUGAAGUCGCGAAAGUGGCCAAGACACGCGACGAAUUACUCAGCGAAGUCCGUAAACGCUAUGUUGAUAGCAAGGGCUACAGUGAAAUAGUAUAUGGCGAGAUAAUGGGAUGGGUUAAUUAUGGUAGAUCCUCAAUCGGCUGUCUGUACAACUACCUCACAGGAUCCGCCAGAUCGGUAGCAGAGAAUGCCCAAGAGAAGGCUGAUGAACUUGGUAAAUCUGCAGAUAUCGCUUCUAAAUCUGCAGAAGCUGCUGCAUCUUCCGCUUCAUCUUUGGCUGCUAAAGCAUCAAAAGCAGCGAAGAAGGAGCUUUAAAUGAGUAAUUUAUGACGAUUGAAUGAUUAAUGAUAAGCUUAUUACAUUUUGCUUAAUGUAGUAUUUAUAAAUGGUCUUUUC